GGGAGGCGGGCCGAGGCGCGGGCUGGGCGACGCGCGAACACUUGUGUCGGGGUUAUGUCCAGCGCCACGCCGCUCUAGCCGCCGCCGCGGACAUGGAGAAGAGGAUCGAGCUCGAGCGGAGGGGCAGGAACCCCGCCAAGAUCACAGAGCUAAACUUGGACAAUUGCAAAAGCACCUCCGUUGUAGGGCUGACUGAGGAGUUCGAGAAUUUGGAAGUGUUAAGCCUGAUAAAUGUGGGUCUCACCUCUCUCAAAGGGUUCCCAGCCCUUCCCAAUCUGCGGAAGCUGGAGCUCAGUGACAACCGAAUCUCAGGUGGUUUGUCCGCCCUGACAUGCCUCCCCAAAUUGUCAUACCUCAACCUUUCCGGAAACAAGAUAAAAGACUUAGAAACUCUUGAGGCCUUGAAGGACCUAAAAUCUCUGGUAAAUUUGGAUCUAUUCAACUGUGAAGUAUCACAGAUUGAGAACUACAGAGAAAAGAUGUUCAGUUUGAUACCAUCGCUUGUAUUUCUGGAUGGUUUCGAUAAAGAGGACAACAGUGAGGAUGAGGAAGAUGGGGAAGAGGAGGAAGAUGGUGUGGAUGCUUUAGAAGGAGACCCAGAGCAGGACGAUGAAGACAUAGAUGGUGAGGAGGAAGAGGAGAUAGACGAAGAGGAGGUAGAAGAGGAAGAAGACGAAGACGAGGAUGAAGAAGAUGUGCCUCUGGAUGCUCUCUACAAGGAGUAUAAUCCUGUAAGUGACGAUGAAGACAUAGAUGGUGAGGAGGAAGAGGAGAUAGACGAAGAGGAGGUAGAAGAGGAAGAAGACGAAGACGAGGAUGAAGAAGAUGUGCCUCUGGAUGCUCUCUACAAGGAGUAUAAUCCUAUCGGAGAUGAUGAUUACGAAGCAGCAGAUGGUGAAGAAGAGGAAGAUGACAUCCUGGAGGAGGAGGAGGAAGAAGGAGCUGAAAACCGAGGUCAGAAGAGGAAACUGGAAGAGAGUGAAGACUAGUGUCAUACAUGCAGCAUGUGUGUGACAGCCUGUAGCCAGAGGAACGAGUAUUGGCAGUAGCUUGCCUCGUUUGUCUCCGUGAUGGGGCAGUAUAUAUGGGCUCAGGGCCUAAGGCUUGUGUAAUUCAUGUAUAAAGUAGAGUGAAGAUAUUUAUUGUGAUCAAAACAGUGGUAUCUUUUUAGGGAGUAUUAAGCAAAUGAUGACCACCAAUCAUAUCUCUACAUACCUGGUAUCCAAAAGCUGCAGGCCAAACUUCUGUAACCAUAGUUUUGCUUGGAGGUCAGUCUUCUUGCAGGUGUUUUUAAGCCCAGCCAUUCACAGCCUUCCUUAGUGAUAUCACAGCUGGCUCAUCUUUUCCCUAAUUUAUAUCAGUGCCCCCUCUCGGCCUGGCUAACCCUUGCCCUGACUGCCACUCGCCCUGCUUGACCCAACCCUACUCAUCCAUCGCCCGGUUACGAAGGCCAGUGAGGUACAUCUCGAUACAAAAGUUGCGCCAUAAUGGGAUCUUCUUGAAAGUCACUGUGUAUAUCGAGUAAAUAACCCAUAUUCCUGGCUAAAUGUGAUCAUCAAAACUAAUGUAAUAUAGUUGGAUUUGCCUUUUUGGAGUGGCAAAUGUUCAUCAGCUGGAAAUAUAGAGUGAACUUGAUUUCCUGUCUCCAGUAGAAUAACAUCGUAAGGUUUAUAUUAGUUAUUGCAAUAGUUCAGAUUUUAAAAUUGGAAUAUUUUAUAGUAGCAGACAAGACUUUGCAAGCAAAACUUAGACAAAUUAGAAAAGAGAGCAAUCCAGAACUUGAGACUAAAUGACAAUGUCAUUACUGGCCUCAAAUAACCGUGGUUAACAAAUGUGUGGCAGACUUGGCUAGUGUAAAUGUUGGUGGAUAUGUUUGUAUAGCUGGUGGCAGACAAGACAUUAGGUAUAGCUGGCAGCAAAUAUGGUUGAUGCGUUUGCCCAUCUAAACUGCUGUAAAUCACUUGAAAGUUGCUUUUUUCCUUUGAUGUUUGUAUCUAGGAUUUGUUAAAAGUCCUGGGAAUGUUGUCAGAAAUUUAACUUUUAUCUGUUUGUUGUUUAAUGAUGGUUCAAAUUUUUUGAAAAUUUAAUAUCAGCAAUAAUAUUUUCAGUUUGAAUUAUCAUUGGUCGACAGUGUCUAUAUUUCUAUAUGUCUGAUAGCUAUGAUGGUUGGUUACAGGGGAUGUAUAUAAACAAUACAGAGUGUAACACGAUCAUCAUCAAUACCAUAAUUAUAAGACACGUUGAAACAUGAUUGUCAAAGGCUACUCUUAAUUUUUUAAUUUUCAUACUUAAUAUAGUAUCAGAUUGUUGUGUGGUAGUGCGGUAGGUGAUGUAUGUUCUGCGAGAUCCUCAAUCUGGCUGGACAAGACCUCCGUCAUGGCUGCUGAGGCAGGGUUUGGGUGUCUGUCUCUAUGGAAGGCCUUAUUCUCGAGCCAUGAUGACUUAAAACAGCUCUUGGUAUGUAUGUAAAUACGUGCAUUUGAUGUGGACGUACCUAUGUUAAGGCCGAGUUUUGUUGGGGACUUUCCUGGCUUUAGAAUAAUGCUUAAUGCUAAAUAGACUUUGUAGAGGAGAAGAAAGUGUAUUAGCAAAUUCUAAAGACCUAAAUCAUAUUGAUAUGCCUGGAGUUAGGAUACACCCAACACAGGAAGGGUUGUAUCUGGAAGCUCCACAUUUCAAGCAAAAUUUUAAGAAUUAAUCUGAAUUGCAAGAUUUUUUUCUUUCUGUUUUUGAUAUAGAGAUGUGAAUUAUAAAGAGUUGCACUGUCUGAGUGUGGGUAAAUGAUCUCAAAUUGAAAACCAAACCAUAUCCGGCUCCAGCAGCCAUGAUCCCUAACUGUGCGAGAGUGGAUUGCAUGUGUUCAGUGCACCAUCCUGCCUUGAUAGUGUAACGAUUAGAGUGUGUAAAGUUAAAUUGAAUAUGUAGAUUAUGUCAGAUGGUGAUGGCAGUGAUGGGGAGCAGAUGACUAGGCUGAGCACUACCACGGCACAGUUCUAAGAGUACAAAGUACAGAGUCCAGUUAUCAUUGAGCCUCCCGCCAUGCCUCUACUGCAGCAGUGGUACUUGGGCACCACGAGGCACUACAUUUUGCUCCACACGAGCCUUUUUCCUGUGUGGGGUACGUAAUCUUAGGGUGGUGUGAGGAUUUUUAUAAGAUGGAGCGUGGCACACAUUUGAUGAAGACAUAAAGUACUUGUGUGAUUUUAGGAAAUAAUCAGUUUAGUUAAUUAUUGCAAAUAGAUGUUAUCAGCAUUUACAAUUGCAAAUAUUUAAGGUAUUACACAAGUAGAUGCUUAACGUUAGUAGAUUAAGGGAUUUUUUUUUUCCCUUUAAUGCAGUGCAAGGGCAUGCAGCAUCUAUAUCAUUCUUGUUUGUGCAGUGCCGUCCAGGCUUCAAAGAAAAAAUGCUUUAGGAGUGAAAACGUUGCAUUUAAGGAAAGUUAAUCACAUACUAAUAGCAACCAAUAGCAGUAUUACCCACAAAUAAGAUGUGUGAUAUUUUGAUGUAAGUGAACAUCAGUUCAAUUUAUUGGCCAGCAGGUUUAGUAAGUAAUCAGAGUGUCACAGUAGGUAUUAACGUUAAUUUAGGCUACCAUGUCUUCCUCAUUUGUGUGACAGUCCUUCUCGUCGCCUUUUGUGAGAACCUCAUUAUUAUCCUGUGGUGUCUGUGAUCCUGCUGCAAACUGAUGCAACUGUCUUUUCAGAAUAAGAUAUACAUAACGUAGUGAAUUGGCAUCAAGUGCUUGUAUCUACACUGCUAUUUAGUGAAUGGAAGUAUGAACAGUUUCACAAUUACAGUAUGGCAGUAAACAGAAGUGUAAAAUACAUUGUAAAAUUGAGUAAAACAUAUUCUGUGGAGGUCCAAGUGCUUGUUUGAUAUUUUCUAUGUUGAAUUUCCAAGUUGGAGGCAUGAGGUGCAUUCAAGGUCACACAAAACCACAUGUUCUGGGCUCAUUAGUGUGAUCACCUCCCAGGGUUGUUAGUGGGGGUGGCUUUCCGGAACUGAGUGUCCGACUUUCAGGACCUGAGCGUUGGACACACUGAUAAAAAGAGCACUUCAAAGCAAAAAGACACUCAUUUUAGAAAGGAUGAAAAAAAAAAUAUAUAUAUUAAAAAGAAAAGUAAUGAAUGUACAAAUUUCAUAAAUAAAUAAUGAUUAAAGGUGAAUUAAAACCAAUGAAGUCUCCACGGCUACCCCCUGGUGAGUAGAGCCAUAGACCCCAUGCAGAGAGGUGCCUUCCCUGAGGGGUGCCACCAUGGCCUCCCGCCCCUCAUUACACCUGAUGGAGGCCCGUUUGUAGUUGAUUUAUGCCCAGUGUUCCUGGUUAGAAUAACAUGCUUUAUGUUAGAGAUUUUAUUAAAUUGAUUAACCACUGUUUUCACUUAUUUGGACAGGUUUCAUUUACGAUAAAUGGAUUGAUCAUGGUAUACAGUUUCUUAUUGCAAGAGCAUAUGACAUCUUGAUCUUUUUAUUACGGCAAAAUAUGACCCCUUUUUUUGUACUUGAUAUUUGUAAAGUGAAUGGGAAAAUACAUGGGCUACAUUUUAAUAUGAAAUGUGAUACGGUUUGGAACACAGCUGCUUGAAGGAAUAAUUUCUGGUUCUCUGGAUAGAUGAAUUUUUCAUGGGUAAUGAGUAUAUACAACGUUGUUAAUGAAAAUUACAAUGGUGAGCUUUAUGAUAAGUAAUAGUAGUGAUUAAAGUAGAUAAAAUUGGCUGUAGCUUGAUGAUAAGUUAUCAUAGUGAUGAUAUUAAUGACUGAUAUCAAAUAUGUAUGAAUAGUGACUGGUACAAUAUUGGCUAAGUGUUAGUAACUACUAUUAUUGUUAUUAUCAUUGAGUUGUUAUUUAUAUUGAUAUUAAAUAAUAAUGAAUUUCACCCAUUUUGUUAUUUAUAUUGAUAUUAAAUGAUAAUGAAUUUCACCCAUUUCAUUAUUUAUAUUGCUUUUUUUUUAUUGUUAUUGUUUUGUGAAUGCUUCUUACACACAAUUUCUCUGUGUUGAAGUAAUUUUCAUUCAAAGUGAACAGUGUUGAUGAUAAUGGUAGUAAUUUUAAUGGUAAUUUUAAACAUGAACACUAAUAACAGAGAUAGUAAAAGAAAGAAAAAAAAAAAAUUGAUAGUGAUUAAAGUCUUCAUUUUUUUUUAUAUUGAUUCCAGUUUUAUACAAUAUUGAAAUGACAAUUAGUCAAGUUAUUACACCUCUCUAAUUGCGUCUUUACUAUGAUAAUAGUUGUUACUGCUGUCACUCUCACUUCUUAGUAUUACUAUGUGUAUGAAUUUAAGCAUGACUACCUAUUCCUAAGUUAUACAUUUUGUUAUUGUAUUUUUAUUAUAUUACAGAAAUUACUUCUUUGUUUCCUGUCAUUUAUUUCCUCUUUUCAACUUGGUACUAUCACUAUUGAAAUACUGUCAUUAGUAUCACUAUGGUAAACUUUGAUCUUUGAGCCAGGUUACAAAUGCAAUACCAUUUACAGUACAUGAUAAUGUAUCUUUAUUUUUAUUGUUAUUAUUUUUUAUAACCUAAUGCCACGACAGUGCAUUUUAAUAAGCUACAUCAACAGUAGUUGAGAUUUUUAUAUCAGCACUCAUUAGUCAGAAUUAAAUACAGUUGAGAGGAAGUUCAGGUCGAUAAACUUUUUAUUUCGUCAGGUUUGUAUGUGGAUCGGUGGACUCUGAUACCCCUCCCCCCCCGUCCAGUGUUAAUUUUCACUGUUUUUUUCUUGUCUUUUCUUUCCUUUUCUUUUCCUUCAUGUUUCUUUAAUUGUCCAUCGUCCCUCUCGGAGAAUGUUUAUAGAUGCUCUCCAGGAAUGUGAAGAGAUCAGAAAUGUUUGGCCAAAGUAGGUCGAUAUUAAAGUGCAAGACCUGGUAUUUGGAGAGAUUUCCUGUAGUGAAAAGUAACUACGGUUUGCUCUAGUUACGUUUUAAGUGCCAUGUUACAGACAAUCUCUAAAGGAGACUAAAUUUUUAAAAAGGAGUGUAAAUUGUACAAAAUAAGUAAAUAGUCUUCUAGUGCCUCACUAUUUUGGCAGAAAUGAAACAUCUGUUCAAAUAAAGAAACAAUGCAUUGUCUAUUGUGUUUUCUUGUGUGACUUUAAACUGGAAAUAUUUUUGGUAUUUGUAAAUUUUGAUGAUAUACCAGUUAAUCACUUUCCCUUCGGCCGUUUGUAUUAUGAUAUUAAAUGUUCAUUUUCAUGAUGCGA